CUUAUUUUUAUUUAAUUUUCAGGAAAAUGGAAGUGACGAUCCCAUAGUGCACAACCUUCCAGCUACAAUGAUGGUUCCGGAUCUGUGGCCCAGUGUACCUGUUAUUGCCAUCAGCAGAAAUCCAGUCUUUCCCGCGUUUCAUUAAAAUUAUAGAGGUUGAAGACAAAGAACUCAUAAAUCUCAUAAGACGAAAAGUUCGACUUAAUCAACCAUAUGCUGGAGUCUUCAUGAAGAAAAAUGAAAGUGAUGAGCGAGAAGUUGUUGAUAAUAUGAGUGAACUCUAUCCUGUGGGUACAUUUGUUCAAAUCCACGAGUUACAGGACAUGGGUGACAAGCUGCGAAUGAUUGUAAUGGCCCACCGGCGUAUUGGUAUAACAGCAGUCUUACCAGAUGAACCGCUAGAAGAGGAACGGGAGCUGGCAAAGUCAGGGAAAGCAAAUGUUGAAUUACGACUUCCACCUUUUAACACAACAAUCACUGUUCCUCUAGAAGAUAAAUCAAGUAGUGAGGAGGAGCCUAGUGAUGGUAGAAUGCGUAGAUUGCUUCACAGAAAGAGAAAAACAGAAGAAACAGCACAGCCGCAUUUGGUGUGA